AGGACUUGAAUGUAGCUGAAAUGUAAUCCUCCUCUUUUUAACACGAGCCCGAGAAUGCAACUUAUCUUAGGUUGAAACAAGGUCAGCCAAACCCCACAAUUUAAGGAAUUCCGACCGGUUAAUGAGCCAAACCAUUCCGAAGGUUUAUUAUAAUGAGGAGCCUGGAGACACUGGGGGGGGAGCAGGAGCCAUUUUUCUCAUUGAAGCGGAGUUGCGCGGACGGAGCGGAGGUUUUGCUGCUGCUGCUGCUGUAGCCGGCGUGUGUGAGUGUGUGUGUGUGUGCGUUUGUGUGGAUGUGAGAGCAGCUCCGGCCAAGGUUACUGCGGGUUAACCUCUUAAAAACAUCAGCCGGAGUGAGCGGAGAGGAGUGCGUCCGCUGAGAGCAUGGCUCUUCUUCAACAAAGGGAAACUUACAGGCGGAAAGUUUAAAGAAAUUAGGUGCCGCAGAAUUCGCCACUCGGGCGCACAAACUGAGGAGCGAUGCACUUCGUUAAAUGGGAUUUGUUGCUGUUACUCUGCUGUUGUAAACUGGUCGCACUGAUCCGCUGUUACGUUGUUCACAUCGGUGAGGAUGCCGGAGCGAGCGCGGUGGUGGCCGGCGCGGAGCGGGGCGCGCUGUGCACUCUGGAUCAGGUGCUGGCUCCAAAAUUCACCGAGGAGUUCCUGGAGACUGACGCGGCAGCGGGCAUCGUGUUUGUUUCGGGCUCCAUAAAGUGCCCCUCGCUGCGCUCAAACCCCUUCACCUUGUACACCGUGGAGGACUGCGCCGACUCCGGCUACAGGCACCUCCUCACCAGCCAGUACCAGGUGCAUGUACACGGUAGGAACUGUUCAAACACGCGUAAAAGAAAAGCUCAGUGGGACAUGGAGGUGCUCACUUUGUUCAGUACCCACAGUCAUCACAGCUUAGAGUGCCACCGAGCAGAUUCUGCUCUAUUCCCAGUGGGAGGUCUACUGCCUGGCCCUCCGAUCCGCUGCAAAGUCACCAACAGCCGUGAGUUUUAUUUCUCCGAAGGGAACUUGUUUGUGUCUGAGAAGCUGUGCUGGAGGCAGGACACUCUCCUGGAGCUGGACGUCCUCUGUGAUGUACUCACAGGGAGUGGGCUGAAUGUUCAAGUCAGCCCCAUCUCCAUCCACUGGCGUGUGGGAGAGGGCCCCUUUAGGCAGGGCCACAUAGAGAAGCUGUUACAGAGGGCAGCUCAGUCUGAUUCAGGGAUUUUAAGCAGGAGGAGUAGAAGAAGCAUCAACAGCAGCCCCCAGUUUCAGCCACCAAUGUAUCAAGUGUCUGUGGCAGAGAAUAAGCCCGCCGGGACUCCUGUUGUUGUUUUGAAAGCAGUGGAUGUGGAUGAAGGCGAGGCAGGCAGGCUGGAGUAUUUUAUUGAAGCUCUCUUUGACAGCCGCUCGAAUCAUCUUUUUGCUGUGGACCCUUCCAGCGGUGCUGUGUCUACAGUAGAAGUGCUGGACCGGGAAACAAAAGACACCCAUGUGUUUCGUGUGACCGCAGUGGACCACGGCACACCCCGGCGCACAGCCAUGGCCACACUCACUAUCACAGUCAGUGACACUAACGAUCACAGCCCUGUGUUUGAGCAACAGGACUAUAAGGAAAGUAUCAGGGAGAACUUAGAAAUAGGCUAUGAGGUGUUAACAGUGAGGGCUACAGACGGAGAUGCCCCCAUUAAUGGGAACAUCCUUUAUAACAUCCUCAACAAUAAUGGGUCCAAUGAUGUGUUUGAGAUUGAUUCCAGGUCUGGUGUAAUUCGCACUAAGGGGCUGGUGGACAGAGAAGAGGUGGAAGCCUAUAUGCUGUUAGUUGAGGCGAAUGACCAAGGUCGUGACCCCGGGCCCCGCAGCGCCACAGCUACUGUUCACAUUGUGGUAGAGGAUGAUAACGAUAAUGCCCCUCAGUUCAGUGAAAAGCGCUACGUGGUCCAGGUGCCAGAAGACAUGACCCCUAACACAGAGAUCCUGCAGGUCACCGCAACGGAUCAGGACAGAGGGAGCAACGCUGUCGUUCACUUCAGCAUCAUGAGCGGAAACACCCGGGGGCAGUUUUAUAUCGAUGCUCAGACAGGUAAAAUGGACCUGGUGAGUCACCUGGAUUAUGAGGCGAACAAAGAAUACACGCUGAGAAUCAGAGCUCAGGAUGGGGGACGCCCACCGCUGUCCAACAUCAGCGGCCUGGUUACGGUGCAGGUGCUGGAUGUUAACGACAACGCCCCCAUUUUUGUCAGCACGCCAUUCCAGGCCACCGUGCUGGAAAAUGUGCCGCUGGGUUACUCCAUCAUCCACAUCCAGGCUGUCGAUGCAGACUCCGGAGAAAACUCCAGGCUGGAGUAUCGGCUCACUGAAACCACGCCAAACUUCCCCUUCUCCAUCAAUAACAGCACGGGGUGGAUUGUAGUCGCAGACGAGCUGGACAGGGAGAGCGUGGACUUUUACAACUUCGGAGUGGAGGCACGUGAUCACGGCUACCCCGUCAUGUCAUCUUCAGCCAGCAUCAGCAUGACGAUCCUGGACGUCAAUGACAACAACCCAGAGUUCACGCAGAAGGCGUAUUACAUGAGACUAAAUGAAGACGCGGUCGUGGGGACCAGCGUGGUGACCGUGUCAGCUGUGGACCAGGACAUCAACAGCGUGGUGACGUAUCAGAUCGCGAGUGGAAACACCCGCAACAGAUUCUCCAUCACGAGCCAGAGCGGGGGUGGGCUCAUUACGCUGGCUUUGCCUCUGGACUACAAACUGGAACGCCAGUACGUCCUCACUGUCACGGCGAGCGACGGCACCCGCUUUGACACCGCCAAGGUGUUUGUUAACGUAACUGACGCCAACACACACCGGCCCGUGUUUCAGAGCUCACAUUACACCGUCAGCAUUAAUGAGGACAAGCCCGUGGGCACCACCGUGGUCGUCAUCAGUGCCACAGAUGAGGACACGGGCGAGAACGCGCGCAUCACCUACUUCAUGGAUGACAGCAUCCCUCAGUUUGACAUCGACCCCGACACGGGAGCUGUCACCACGCAGAUGGAACUGGACUACGAGGACCAGGUUUCCUAUACGCUGGCCAUCACUGCGCGGGAUAACGGCAUCCCACAGAAAUCUGACACCACCUACCUGGAGAUACUUGUGAACGAUGUGAAUGACAACUCUCCUCGUUUCCUCAGAGAUCACUACGUUGGUGCGAUAAUGGAAGACGUGCCCGUGUUCACCAGCGUGGUCCAGGUUUCUGCCACCGACAGAGACUCUGGCCUCAAUGGCAGAGUUUUCUACACCUUCCAGGGUGGGGAGGAUGGCGAUGGAGACUUUAUAAUUGAAUCCACCUCCGGCAUUGUUCGCACUCUGCGCAGGCUUGACAGAGAAAAUGUGCCCAUUUACACCCUGCAGGCCUUUGCAGUAGAUAAAGGUAUCCCUGCCCUGAAAACACCAGUAAACAUUCAAGUAACAAUCCUAGACGUGAAUGACAACCCUCCUGUGUUCGAGAAAGACGAGUUUGACAUUAUGGUGGAAGAAAACAGCCCCAUAGGCCUCGUGGUUGCACAUAUCUCAGCCACAGAUCCAGAUGAAGGCAGCAAUGCCCAGAUUAUGUAUCAGAUAGUGGAGGGAAACAUCCCAGAGGUGUUUCAGCUGGAUAUCUUCUCCGGAGAGCUGACUGCUUUAAUAGACCUGGACUAUGAGUUGAGGUCUGAGUACGUCAUUGUGGUCCAGGCCACCUCUGCGCCUCUCGUGAGCCGAGCCACAGUCCACAUCAAACUUGUGGACAAGAACGACAACGUGCCAGUCCUCAAAAACUUCCAGAUCAUCUUUAACAACUAUGUGACCGACAAAUCGAGCAGUUUUCCCACUGGAGUGAUCGGACGCAUCCCCGCGUACGACCCAGACGUCUCCGAUCAGCUGCACUACAGCUUUGACGUGGGAAACGAGCUGAACCUGGUCCUCCUGAACCAAAGCACAGGAGAGAUCCAGCUGAGCCAGGCCCUGGAUAACAACCGGCCCCUGGAGGCCUCCAUGAGGAUCUCAGUGUCAGAUGGUGUCCACUCAGUCUCAGCUCAGUGCAUUCUCCAAGUCACCAUCAUCACAGAUGAAAUGCUGUCCAACAGCAUCACGUUGCGAUUGGCCAACACCUCCCAGGAACAUUUCCUGUCCCUGCUGCUGUCUCAGUUCUUGGACGGUGUGGCCCGGGUCCUGUCCGCUGCCCCCGAAGACGUUGUGAUCUUCAACAUCCAAGAUGACACGGACGUCAGCGCUCGCAUCCUCAACGUCAGCUUGUCGGUGGCUGUGCCCGUGUUCGGGGAGGGACACCAGCGUCCCGGCGGGCUCGGUCACGGAGGCGACGGGCCCGGGAGAGGGGCUGAGCCUGGGGAGUUUUUUGGCUCGGAGGAGCUCCAAGAGAGAUUGUAUUUGAACCGCAGCCUUCUCGCUCAGAUUUCCUCCCAGGAGGUUCUUCCCUUUGAUGACAACAUCUGCCUGCGCGAGCCGUGUGAGAACUACAUGAAGUGUGUGUCGGUGCUGAAGUUUGACAGCCUGGCGCCCUUUGUUGCGUCCGAUACCAUCCUGUUCAGACCCAUCCACCCCAUCGCGGGGCUGCGCUGCCGCUGCCCCAGCGGCUUCACGGGGGACUACUGCGAGACUGAGAUCGACCUGUGCUACUCUAAACCGUGUGGACCUCAUGGCGUGUGCCGCAGCAGAGAGGGAGGAUAUACCUGCGAGUGCUUUGAGGACUACACAGGAGAACGCUGCGAGCUGUCGUCCCGCUCAGGCCGCUGUGCGCCGGGGGUCUGCAAGAACGGAGGCACCUGUGUGAACCUGCUGGUCGGCGGCUUUAAGUGCGAGUGUCCACCGGGAGGCUACGAGAAGCCCUACUGUGAGAUGACCACACGAAACUUUCCCCCGCACUCCUUCCUGACCUUUAAGGGCCUCCGCCAGCGCUUUCACUUCACCCUCUCGCUCACGUUUGCCACCAAAGAGCCCAAUGGUUUGUUACUCUAUAACGGCCGCUUCAAUGAAAAGCACGACUUCAUCGCAAUGGAAAUUAUCAACGAGCAGAUACAGCUCACCUUUUCUGCAGGUGAAACCAAGACUACAGUUUCCCCCUACAUCCUCGGAGGGAUCAGCGACGGCCAGUGGCACACGGUGGAAGUUCACUACUACAACAAGCCAAUCUUAAACCAGGCCGGCCUCCCGCAGGGCCCCUCAGACCAGAAGGUCGUAGUAGUGACGGUGGACAACUGCGACACCUCUGUGGCCCUGAGGUUUGGGCACAUGAUUGGAAACUACACGUGCUCUGCUCAGGGCAGCCAAUCAGGGUCCAAAAAGUCUCUGGAUCUGACGGGCCCCUUGCUCCUCGGCGGAGUCCCUAAACUCCCAGAAGAUUUUCCUGUUCGUAACCAGCAGUUUGUGGGCUGCAUGAAGAACCUGCGUAUCGACAACCAGCACAUAGACAUGGCCAGCUUCAUCGCGAACAAUGGCACUCUGCCAGGAUGCUCUGCCAAGAGACACUUCUGCAGCAAUAACCCAUGCCUGAAUGGAGGAACCUGUGUGAACCUGUGGGGCUCCUUCAGCUGUGAUUGCCCACUUGGGUUUGGAGGACGAAACUGCGAAAGAGUUAUGGCCAACCCACUGCGUUUCCUGGGUAACAGCCUGUUGCAGUGGAAUAACCUCGCCACGGUGGCGGCCUCCGUCCCCUGGCAUGUGGAGCUCAUGUUCCGCACACGCCAAGCCAGCAGCACGCUGCUUCACAUCUCCUCUGGCCUGCAGCACAACCUCACACUGCAGCUGCGUGGUGGGAGUGUGUUGAUGGGGCUGCACAGGGGGGAAGACUCCACUCUCUCCCGUGUGGAGGAGGUGCUGGUGAACGACGGAGACUGGCAUCAUCUGCAGCUGGAUAUCAAUAACGGGGGAGUGGCGAGCCACCAUAAGGCUGUUUUAUCUUUAGAUCACGGACUCUACUUGGCCAGCAUGGAUGUGGAUGGAAAGCUGCGGGACUCCAAAUUGAAGACUGUGAGCGUAGGUGGUGUGGCAAAGCCUGAUGGGAAAAUUCAGCACGGCUUCCGUGGCUGCAUACAGGGUCUGCGUGUCGGCGGGGCUGUGAGUCUCUCUCAGGCGAGGAAAGUGAACGUGGAGCAGGGCUGCAGCGUGCCCGAUCCCUGCAGCUCCAGUCCCUGUCCGUCCAACAGCUACUGCAGCGACGACUGGGACAGCCACUCUUGCAAAUGCAUCAAUGGUUAUUAUGGCUCCAACUGCACUGACGUGUGCUCGCUGAACCCCUGUGAACACGAGUCGGCGUGCACCAGGAAGCCGAGCUCCUCUCGCGGUUACACCUGUGACUGUCCCAACAACUACUUCGGCAAUUACUGCGAGAAAAAGACUGACCUGCCGUGUCGAGGCUGGUGGGGUCACAAGACCUGCGGCCCCUGCAACUGUCAGACAGACAAGGGUUUUGAUUCUGAUUGCAACAAGACGAGCGGAGAGUGUCGCUGCAAGGACAAUCAUUACCGGCCGGAAGACAGCGACACCUGCCUGCUGUGUGACUGCUACCCGGUCGGCUCUUUCUCCAGAGCGUGUGACCGAGAGAGCGGCCAGUGUCAGUGCAAACCCGGCGUCAUCGGACGUCAGUGCGACCGCUGUGACAACCCGUUUGCUGAGGUUACCCCUAACGGCUGUGAAGUAAUAUAUGACAGCUGCCCUCAGGCCAUCGAGGCUGGGAUAUGGUGGCCCAGGACUAAGUUUGGUCUCCCUGCAGCGGUUCCCUGUCCCAAGGGAACUCUCGGCACAGCGAUUCGACACUGUGACGAGCAUAAGGGCUGGCUGCCUCCUAAUCUCUUCAACUGCACCUCGGUUACCUUCAGCAAGCUGAAAGCUUUGUCUGAAAAGUUUUUCCGUAACGCCUCGCUCCUCGAGUCUGGGCGCAUUCAGCAGACGGCGGCGAUGUUGGCCAACGCCACGCUGCACACGGAGAAGUUCUACGGCAGCGAUGUGAAAGUGGCCUACCGGCUCACGCAGAGUCUGCUGCGUCAUGAAAGCAGCCAGCAGGGCUUCAACCUCACCGCCACACAGGACGUCCACUUCACAGAGAAUCUGGUCCGAGUGGGAAGCUCCAUCCUGUCUCCAGACACACGGCAGCACUGGGAGCUGAUCCAGCACUCGGAGGGCGGCACGGCGGCGCUCCUGCGCCACUACGAGGAAUACGCAAACACGCUGGCGCAGAACAUGAGGAAGACUUACCUCAGCCCCUUCACCAUUGUCACACCAAACAUAGUCAUCUCUGUGGACCGUUUGAAAAAGAUGAAUUUCGCCGGCGCCAAACUGCCGCGGUAUCAGUCCCUGAGGGGCCCUCGUCCUGCGGAUCUGGAGACGGCUGUCACCCUCCCAGACUCAGUCUUCCAACCACCUGUGGAAACGAAGGGCCACAGACACCUGGACGUCUUCCCAGAGUCCUCGCCGAGGAACCGCUCGGCCAACAGGAGGAAACGUCACCCCGAUGACAGCCAGCAGGACGCCGUCGCCAGCGUGAUCAUCUUUCACAGCCUGGCCUCGCUGCUGCCCGAGAGCUACGAUCCAGAUAAGAGAAGUCUGCGUGUCCCAAAGCGUCCAGUCAUCAACACCCCGGUGGUCAGCAUCACUGUGCACGACAACGACGCGCUGCUGCAGCACGUGCUGGACAAACCCAUCACCGUGCAGUUCCGCUUGGUCGCCACCGAGGAGCGCUCCAAACCCAUCUGUGUCUUUUGGAACCACACCAUACUAGCUGGUCACGGCGGCUGGUCGGCGAAAGGCUGCGAGGUGGUUUUCAGAAACAGCACCCACAUCAGCUGCCAGUGUUACCACAUGACGAGUUUCGCGGUUCUCAUGGAUAUCUCCAGGAGAGAGAACGGAGAGAUCCUGCCCAUCAAAAUCCUGACGUGGAGCACAGCCGGUGUGACGCUGGGCUUCCUCCUCCUCACCGCGAUCUUCCUGCUCUGCCUGAGAGCCAUGCAGUCCAACAAGACGAGCAUAAUCAACAAUGGAGCCACCGCUCUCUUCCUCUCAGAGCUCAUCUUCAUCCUUGGCAUCAACCAGGCCGACAACCCGUUUGUGUGCACAGUCAUCGCCAUCCUGCUGCAUUUCUUCUACCUCUGCACUUUCUCCUGGCUCUUCCUGGAGGGGCUGCAUGUUUACCGCAUGAUCAGCGAAGUCAGAGACAUCAAUUAUGGACCCAUGAGAUUCUACUACCUGAUUGGCUGGGGAGUUCCUGCCUUUAUCACAGGUUUGGCGGUGGGUUUGGACCCCGAAGGCUAUGGAAACCCUGAUUUCUGUUGGUUGUCUAUGUACGAUACCCUGAUCUGGAGCUUUGCAGGACCCAUCGCCAUAGUGGUGUCGAUGAACAUCUUUCUGUACAUCCUGUCGUCCAGAGCCUCCUGCUCGCUGAGACGCCACAGCAUCGAGAAGAAAGAGUCUCGUGUCUCUGGCCUGAAGACCGCAGGCUUUGUCCUCUUCCUGGUUUCAGUCACGUGUUUUCUCGCGCUCCUCUCCGUCAACAGCGACAUGAUCAUCUUCCACUACCUGUUCGCUGGUUUCAACUGCGUGCAGGGUCCCUUUGUUUUCUUCUUCCGUAUCGUCUUCAAUAAGGAAGCAAGGAACGCCAUGAAAUACUGCUGCAGCCGCAAGCGGCCUGAUCACAUGAUCAAAUCCAAGGCAUCUAGCUAUAAAUGCAACACCAACUACAUGGACGGGAGGUUGUACCACCUCCCCUUCGGCGAAUCCAGCGUGUCGCUGAACGGCACCAUGCAGAGCGGGAAGAGCCAGCAGAGCUAUGUGCCGUUUGUCCUCCGUGACGACGGGUUGAGUAACAGUCAGGCGCACAUCGCUCUCAACGACCACACGUCGCUCUUCCAUGAAACUAAGGAGCACUUGGACGAUCACGACAGCGACUCGGACAGCGACCUGUCUCUGGAGGACGACCAGAGCGGCUCCUACGCUUCCACUCACUCCUCUGACAGCGAGGACGAGGAGGGCCCCCUCCCGCCAGAGGAAUGCUGGGAAAAUCUGGCAUCCAAUGUCGCCAAGAGAUCCCAACCUCUCAGUCAAGACAAUGGUCUGAAUAAGCUGUACUGGCCUGGAGAGUACGCUGCCACAGUGAGUGACAGCGAGCUCACAGGUGGAGACAGAGCGAAGAUGGAAGCGCUGGCCAAUCAGGAGCCAAUCGUCCGCGACCCCCGGUUAUUGUCGGACGACAGAACAAAGGAAAGCGUGACGGUGCUGCUGCCUAGUCUGCCGAACUUCAGCGCCCACCCUCACAAAGGGAUCCUAAAGAAGAAGCAGCUCUCUCCCAUCGUGGAGAGGAACAGCUUCAACCGCAUCAACAAUGAACUGUGCGAAAACGCUCCGGGUACGGCGUCCCCUCAUGGAUCCUCCUCUAGUGAAAGUCAAGCGGCCUCGGCUAAACGCGGCCUGCCUGACCAGCUUAACGGGGUCGCCCUGAGCAUCAAGGCGGGGACAGUGGAUGGCGACUCAUCGGGAUCAGAGUCAUAGAGUGACUGCAAACAGGAAGCACUGGAUUUCCCCCUUGAUAAACUGUGGAAAGAAGGAAUUCCCCCUUCCCCUCUCGUCAUCUGAAGGAGUUUGUGUGUGCGUGCGAGUUCAUACACGUGUGCCAAAACUUCAGGAGUCCUUGCACCACCACCCCGCCCGCACCCUCACACAACAAGCCUCACUCUCCCUUUAAAGAAAUGGUUUUGUUUACAUACUUGAAGAAAUGCACUUUUUUUGAUUUACUGUCCCGAUUGGCUGGUGGUCCAUUUUUUUUCCAACUUUGUUUAUUUUUCCAGGAUUUUUAUAUCGUUAUGAUGACAGAUAAUAAAAAGAAGUCAUACUUUCGGGCUCAUUUAGUUGUACACUUGCAAACAUUCAGGGAAAUUUUCCAUUUUCAUCUACUGCUGUGUUUUGUGCCGUCUCUCUGGUCGCUGGAGCUGUCGGCGUCUCCGCCCAUCUGACGUUCGAUGACUUCGGACUCAGGCUGUUGAAGUUUUACAGGCCUGAAAAUAUCCAAGAGACGAAGCACGCUCGAGUGCGGGUCGUCCUCAGAGGCUCUUUGCGUGUUCGUGGACCGUGAGCUGCUCACUAAGACUGACUGCAUCUGCCUGGAUUCUCCAUGUAAGCUACUGAUUACUGAAGGGUGUUUCCAGAGGCCACAGGUGGGAGCAAACCUGUAUGUGCAGACCUUAAAAAGUAAAGACUCAAAGGACUUUUGAUACUUUUUUUUUGUAAGCCACUGAGAGCACAUCUCUUUUUUUUUUUUUUACGGACGUGGGAAUUUUUCAUUGUUUUAUCCGAAGGGCGCACACAUCUGAGUUCAGUGACUAAACAGCUGUAUUUUAUAGACUAGCAGCGAAGCUUGUGUCUUUUGUAAAGUAAUUAAAUACAUGAAAAUUUGAGCUGUAAUUCAUUUUUACUGUACAGAGUGGCCUGUAAAUGAAUCAAGAACAUAUGUUAGUAAAUAUGUACACACGUUCAGACCUUGAAUUUAGGAAAUACUCUUGAUAUCUGAGAGGGGAGAAGAAAAAAAAAAGUCUUAUAUGAGUAACUACUGAGAUUGAUGUGAAGCCAUUUUUUUACCAACCAUAUGAGUUUAAUGUAUAAAUUUCAUGCCAACACUACCACGUCAGUCAUGGUGUUAUAACACUGGUGUCCAAACAGAGGAUUGUCUUUCACUCUGCCGCUCCUGUUUGUACUGAUUAAACUGUUUUCUACCA